AUUUUUUUUUACAUGGUUGCAAUUUUCAGUUAUUAAAAAAAAUUCACAUUCCUAUUUCAAAGUGAUCAAAUUUUCAAUAUACAUAUUUUUCACAGUUUAAAUUUUCAGUGUUAAAAAAUUCAGCAUAUAAAAAAAUUCAACUUUUCAAAAUUCAAAUGCAAUAUUUUCGUUGUCCUCCAAUUCAACUUGCUCAAAUUCGCCGUCUCAAAUUCACCGUCUAAAAAUUAGCUGUCUCAAAUUCAGCGUCUAAAAAUUUGCUGUAAAAAUGGCCAAAGUUACUUCAGGUCACAGACAUUAGCAAUGGAUGUCCAAUUCCAACAUCCACCUAAUCACGUGACACAACCGUCAUAUUGAAGAAGUACCAGUAUCACCCAGGCUGGCGACCAUGGAGGCGAACUCAAACCCAACGGAACUUUUGCUGGAUCAUAUUUUUGAUAGGCUCCGUGAUCGUUUGGAGCAUGUUCUGGAACGGAUGCCCCUGGAUCUGGAUUUCCUAGACUUUAUCUGCACUCAAGAAUUAGUUUUUUUAAAUGCCAUGUCUUGUCAGAUAGAUGUUCCUUCAAUUAUUUUGGAUGCGCUGGCUCAUUUGCACAGACUAAUUAAUUUAGAAAAACAAAGUGAAGAACAACAAACAACUGUUGUGCAUAUGGAGCAAGGACCAGCUGGGCGACAACGGAUGGUCAUAUCCUCAGACUACCUUUGCAGUCUUUUAGAACUCCAUCUCCCUGUCCCAUGCAUCGCCAAACUCUUGGGUGUAUUCAGACGGACUGUAUAUCGACGGAUGGCAGAGUCUGGUCUUUCAGUGAGGGCAUUAUACACCACCAUGUCAGAUGAUGACUUAGACCAAUGUGUGAGAGACAUUAAAUCCAGGCAGCCUCACUCUGGGUACCGAAUGGUAAAGGCCCUUCUGCAAGCCAGAGGACUGAGGGUGCAGUAUGAUAGAGUCAGAGCAUCCAUGCAUCGUGUAGACACCAUUGGAAUGGCAUCACGUAUGGUCCAGCUAGGAUGCAUAGCUCGACGGACGUACUCAGUUCCUGGCCCUCAGUCUUUGAUGCACAUUGAUACCAACCACAAAUUAAUACGGUAAAUCAUUUAUCUUUUUCAGUGAGGGGCUUCUAACUUUGAAGUAUGCUUGUUAAAUAGAUUCAACUAAUGUAGCAUUUUUGUUCUUUCAUAGCAUGUCAUAUACCUUUUGGAAUUAAAAGCGCAGCUUUUUUCAGCAUUAUAUACAGUGGAGUAUAAAAUAUGUCCACAACAGCCAGAGUUCUGUAUGUUGUGCUUCAACAUAGCCAAACAUAAGCAGUACCUGAUCUGCCUCUGCAGACCUUGCUUCAAAUUAAAUAAAAAAAAACUUUCCUUAUUCCAAAGGGAAAUUAAAUGUUGUAACUCAUUAAUUUAGCUUAUUCAAAAAGUUAUUGCAGAUGGUGAUGGCAGGAAAGAUCUCUUGUAGUGUUCUGUAUCACAGUCAACCUAAAGAAGCCUUUGACUGUAAAUACUAUUUUUCUCAGGAUACUCUCAUGAGUAGAUGUUGUCAGGGUCAGGGUUGUCCAGCAUUUUCUAUUGAAGAAGAAUCCUUCUUUGCACAAGUAUCUCCAGAGGUUCCACAUUUGUCCCCAGAACAGAACCAGACUUUUUUAUCAGGCUGUUGAGCCUUUUUAGGUCUCUGGUUCUGAUGCUGCUGCCCCAACAGAUGACGGCUAGAGAGAUGAAGCUCUCAACACAAACUGAUAGAUCUGCAGCAUCUUCCUGCAAACUUUGAAGGAACUUAGCUUCCUCAAUAAGUCUAAUUUGCUCUGCCCCUUCUUACAGAAAUUCAUAAUGCAAGAGAAGCAAGCCUUUUUAGUGACAGUAUUUAAUCAUAAUGAUGAUAUAUUUUCUGUUAUUUUUAGGUACAACAUUGUUAUCUUUGGUGGCAUUGAUGGUUUUUCUCGAAAGAUAAUGUAUCUUGGUACAGCUCCCAACAACCUGGCAUCUACCACACUGGCUUUCUUUCAGGGCUCAGUGGAGGAGUUUGGUUUCCCCCUCAGGGUACGUGCCGAUCAAGGGGUGGAAAAUGUGGACGUGGCACGACUUAUGUUUAUGAUUCGUGGAACAGGAAGAAGCAGUUUCAUAUCUGGGAAGAGUGUGCACAAUCAAAGGAUUGAGCGACUGUGGAGAGAUCUGUGGACGGCUGUGACGUGCAUCUAUUAUGAUGUGCUGCACUACCUAGAAGAAGAGGGAUACCUGGACAUUUCCAAUGAAGCCCAACUCUUCUGUUGCCACUAUGUCUUCCUGCCACGUCUGCAGGAAGAUUUGGAUACUUUCCGCAGUGGCUGGGACAAUCACCCACUUCGAACUGAAAGCAACAUGACACCUAACCAGCUCUGGGUUCUUGGUCAUACACCUAAUCCAAUUCCUGAACCUCAUGGUGCCUUGACAGAGGGUGUACAGAUUCCCAAAAUCGAAUGGGAGGACAGCGGGCUUCCUCUUCACGAGGAGUCAAAUGUCACAGUACCAAACUCUAAUUUGCAACUGACUGACGAACAAAUGGCAGCUUUAAGAAAUGCAGUAAACCCAAAAGCCACAUCACUGUCUUUUGGAUGUGACAUUUAUAUUGCUGCAGUUCAGUUUUGUGAGCAGUUUUUUACUGUGUGAAAGUUAUCUUACGGGAAAAACACAUCACGGUUAUGAUUAGUUACUUAUAUACAAUCAUAUGUUAAAUAUGGUAAGCAUAAUUUACUUGGUUAUUAUUAUUCACUGAAUUUAACUUGUACAUAAUUGCAAAAAAUGACAUAAAAAAUAAAUGCAAAGCAUGAUUUAUUUUGAAGAAUACUUAACAGGAUCUAGUUUUGUCUUUUUGCCACUAUCUUGGCUUCUGUUGAUUUUGAUUGCUCGGUUCUAAACAGCCCUUUGCCGUUAUUCAGCUAUUGUAUUGUUCAAUAAAAAUCUGAAAAUAAAAUGUUCAGCAAAUACA